CGGCGGCGCUGUAAAGCGCGGGGUGUUGACAGCGGCCGGCGGAGCAGGAACUCGGCGGACGCGGAGCCAUGAGCCGGGCCGGGAGGGCCGCGGGCCGGGGGGCGGCCGUGGCCGGGCAGGCUCGCGGGCUGGAGGCGGAGCUGCUGCAGCUGCUGGGGGCCCGGGGGGCUCCGCGGCCGGGGGAGCCCCCGCCCCCCCCAGACCUGGCAGCCGUGGAGACCCUGGCCCGGCUGUGCCUCCGGGACCCCCCCGAGGAGGAGGAGGAGGAGGAGGGGGAGGAAGGUCUGGAGAACGAGGAGGAGCUGCUGGUGAGGCUGGGUUUGGGGUCCCUGUGCCUGGGUUUUGGGGGGUCCCCAAGCUGGUUUUGGGAUCCCUGA